GCUAAAGUGACUAAUGUUUAACAGACAACUAUGUUGAUGAUGACUCUCCCUAGUAACACUGAAACCACGCUCAUUGGCACACUGUACCUCAGGGUUUAUGAAGACAGUUACUUAGAGUGUGAAUCCUGCUAAUCUUUUGGAAUUUGAGAUAAUGCCCAACAAAGCCCAAGAGGAUGCUGUUAUUAACCUGAAGACACUGCAGGAGAUUUCCAGCCUGCUUGGUUUUGAGUGGACAGUUCUGGCGUAUGAGCUCGGCUUCAGCAGAACUGAGAUAGGGCGACUCCAUACCAAAUCUGCAGAGAAGAGUGUCCAGGCUAGGGCUAUGUUGGAAAGCUGGUACAGUAACAUGUAUGAGAAGUCAUGGGACAAGCCCAAUAAAACCAAGCUGCUGCAAGAUGGACUGGAGCGAGCAGGCAGACGGGACCUGGCUGAGAGGCUGCGCUGCCUCCACUGGGGCCACCAGAAGCUGAGCCGUCGGGUUGAGCUGCCGUCCGCCUUCCCCUUCCUCAUCACGGUCCACAAGACCAUCCACAACCAAGACGCACUACGCAGGAUCAACGACCUCAACCGUAGAUACACUUAAAGCUGGGUAAAAAUGCACGUAGCAUUACAAGCAUAUGAUAGGGUAUACUGCACACUGUAAUGAAUCUCAAAUAAAUGUCAUUGAUCAAAUAGUUGAGAAGCACGGGCCAUGUAUAUAGUCACACAACUUUUUGUCUCAUAAGAAAUUAAAGCUUUGCAAUAAAGAUGAAAAGUACAUUUUUGGACCCAUCUUGAAUUCCUUUUAAUCCAUUAAAAUGACAUUUCUGCCAUUUUAAUCUUUAAAUUAAUUAUUUUGUCCAAGGGUUAGUACAAAACCGGAAGCUAAAAAG